GGCAGAGAUGAGAUGCAACAGCAGCGCGCUGACAGACAAAAACAAAACACGCGGCUGACGAUCCAAUCGGAACACCAUCAUCAUCAUCCAUCACACCCCAGCCCAGCUGGGCUCGAGAUCGGAUCGCUGCCCAGUCCGUCGCAGAUCUCCUCUCCCGCGCGGCCCUGAUCCGCAAGUUCCUUCUUUGGCGGAAGAUACAUGGCGGAGCUGGUGGUGGCAGCGGCUGCGCCGGCGCCGGCGGGGAGGUGGGGCGCCGCGCCGCCGCAGGAGCUGCUCGAGAGGCUCAAGGACUACGGCCAGGAGGGCGCCUUCGCGCUCUGGGACGAGCUCGCGCCCGAGGAGCGCGACUUCCUCGUCCGGGACAUCCAGAGCAUAGAUCUUGCCAGGAUCGACCGGAUCGUUCGAUGUUCACUCAGAUCGCAAGGUGGUCCUGUGCCGGUUGUUCAGCCUGUGCCGGAGUCAAGUGUGGCGACAGUGGAUGAUAGAAGCCCUGAGGACAAAGAAAGGUGGUGGAGGAGGGGUUUGAAAGCCAUUGCAGAGGGAAAGUUGGCUGUCGUACUUUUGGCUGGUGGUCAGGGAACACGCCUUGGCAGUUCUGAUCCUAAGGGAUGUUUCAGUAUUGGGCUUCCAUCUGGAAAGUCACUUUUCCAACUUCAAGCUGAACGAAUUUUGUGUGUUCAAAAGCUGGCUGCUCAAUCCACUGAUGCUCCAGGCAACACUCCGCAGAUCCACUGGUAUAUAAUGACCAGUCCCUUCACUGAUGAAACCACCCGCAAAUUCUUUGAAAGCCGUCGAUAUUUUGGCUUAGAGCCUGACCAAGUGACCUUUUUCCAGCAAGGCACACUCCCGUGUGUUUCUCCUGAUGGAAGGUUUAUCAUGGAGACACCAUAUAAGGUGGCAAGAGCCCCGGAUGGCAAUGGGGGAGUAUAUGCUGCUCUAAAAUCUAAAAGGUUGCUCGAUGAUAUGUCUGCAAGAGGUGUGAAAUAUAUUGAUUGCUAUGGAGUUGAUAAUGUGUUGGUCCGUGUUGCAGAUCCAACAUUCCUAGGAUACUUCAUUGACAAGGGUGUGUCUGCUGCUGCGAAGGUUGUAAGGAAGGCAUACCCACAGGAGAAAGUUGGGGUAUUUGUUCAGCGUGGUAGGGGUGGACCUCUCUCUGUGGUUGAGUACAGUGAAAUGGAUGCAUCUAUGACUACUGAAAUCAAUCAAACAACAGGACGCCUUCGUUAUUGUUGGAGCAAUGUGUGCUUGCAUAUGUUCAGUUUGGAAUUUCUCAAUCAAGUAACCAAUAGUCUUGAGAAGGAUAGCGUUUAUCAUCUAGCAGACAAGAAGAUUCCUUCAAUUCAUGGGUACACAGCAGGCCUAAAGCUUGAACAGUUUAUAUUCGACGUGUUCACCUAUUCUCCAUCGACAGCUCUUUUUGAGGUCAUGAGGGAAGAGGAAUUUGCACCAGUAAAGAAUGCUAACGGUGCGACCUACGACACUCCUGAUAGCGCCAGAUUAAUGCUACUUCGCCUUCACAGCCGAUGGGUUGUUGCUGCAGGUGGCUUUUUGACGCAUUCCGUGCCCUUGUAUAUGACAGGUGUUGAAGUUUCUCCCAUGUGCUCUUAUGCUGGAGAAAACCUAGAAGCCAUAUGCCGUGGACGAACAUUCCAUGCACCAAGUGAGAUCUCACUCUAGGCGGAGGUUGUUCCAAGGAGCAGUUGCAUACAAGAACGGCAAAGUCUGUGAAUUUUUGUUAGGACAUGGGAUCAAGAUGGCAGGACCUGAGCACUUUCAAUUAGAGUGUCAAUAUUAGUCAGCCUGUUGUAUGCUGUGUGAGUACAGAGUAUUGUAAUGCAACACUUGAGGCUAUCUUUUCCCCCCUUUUGGUGAUAUUUAUCAUUUGUUGCUCAAAAUGUAGAUUGAUCAGAGGGCACAAUUCAAUCUUUAUCAAAAUCAAUGUAUUUCUGAAAUUUUGAAUACUGUUCUUUGCACAAUUGAUUUAAUGUGAGAAAAUCCAAAGAAUGGAUUCUACUA